UACCGCUAGAUGUCAUGAAUUCUGGAUGCCAGUGAUUUUCUUUUUGAGAAAGGAAAGGAUAUGAUAGAAAAACGGGAAGUAAAAUUGUUAAAUAGUGGAAGUCGCAGUGCUGUGUUUACUUAAUUUGGACACAAUUUUUGUGAUAUUUCUGUUUUCACUUGUUAAUUUCUUUUAUACCGAGUUCAAUUGAGGGAUUUUUUAUUUAUAACAUAUUUCAUUAUUAACCUAUUCCUUUUGUAACCUUGCUUAUCGAAAAUGAAUACGGAAAAUUUCCUUGAAGAUAGCGACUCCAGUGACGAAGAUUACGUUCCGGAUGGUAAAGAAGAAGCCGUGUCUGAAUUGGAUUCUGAUGGAGAGUUGAUAGAAACGUUGGACGGACGUGAUAGUGAAAAAACUUGGGACAAAGGCAAAACCAGGAAGCGCACGAAGAGAGUGACACAUGUAAGGAAAAAGGUUAGGAAAAAUCAAGAGAAACAACAGGAAGAAGAAGUUCUGGAAACACCAGAAAAUCCAAAGUUAGACUCAGCAAAAAAAGAGUCUGAAGAGGAUUUGUGGGCCGAUUUUAUAAAAGACACUGGUUUUCGAUCAAAAAGUAAUAAAUAUGAACCUCCUAGGAAGCCUAUUGAAAACAUGCCAAAUUAUUCUGACAAGGACAAACCUGGACUUCAAGAAAAGUCAGUUGUUGCUGAAAAAUCAAAUGCAAAAGUUAAAAUUACGCAGAUAUUUGAAUUUGCAGGUGAAGAAGUGAAAAUUGAAAAAGAGGUGGAUAAAAAUUCUGCUGAAGCCAAACUUUUAGUUAAAGAACCACCCAAAAGCACCAGGCCUAGCAAAACUGGUGGAUUGAGUGGAAUUGGAAAUGUAUUAAGCCAACUUGGAAAGAAACAGAAAAUUAGUACUUUAGAAAAAUCUAAAUUAGAUUGGGACAGGUUUAAGAAGGAGGAGAAUAUAGAAGAAGAACUUCAGACACACAAUAAAGGCAAGGAUGGUUAUUUGGAUCGGCAAGAUUUCCUUCAAAGGGCUGAUUUGAGGCGUUUUGAAAUUGAGAGGGACAUCAGAAACACAGAGAGGGCAAAACGGUUUAAUAGCACCUUAUAAUUUUACGAAACUCAGUAUUUUGAAAAUGUAUUUAUUUGUUACAUUCCGGAUCUGAUUUUUAAAGAACUGUGUUGGUAUUUACAGAAAACAUGUUCUGACAAUUAAAGUAUAUGUACCUACUUAAU